AUGACAGCUGCGUAUGACUUCAUGUAUUUCCUGGUGCUUUCACUUUCAGCGACAGUUGGGGUGGCAGUGUCGGUGGUCUGGGGGAACAUGGGCUUGAGUGGGGGGUGCCUCAGAGAGAGCAAGAUGGCGGGUGUUACUCUCUUGGUGUGACCGGUGGCAGUAUCGAUCAGCAAUGCCCCACAGACUUUUGCGCGCCGAAAUAUGCGUGCGACAGCUUUAACCUAACCACUUCGGUGGAAACCGGAUUUCUGUUCGAUACGGUGUCGGGAGUGCUGAGGGGGGAGGGCUUGGCCCUUGUGGUUGCAGGUGGCAAGGAAGUAGGAACAAGGGGUGGCAGUGUCGGGGGUCUGGAGGAACGAGGGCUUGAGUGGGGGGUGCCUCAGAAAGAGCAAGACGGCGGAUGUUUCUCUCUUGGUGUGACCGGUGGCAGUAUCGAUCAGCAAUGCCCCACAGACUUUUGCGCGCCGAAAUAUGCGUGCGACAGCUUUCACCUAACCACUUCGGUGGAAAGCGGAUUUCUGUUCGAUACGGUGUCAGGGGUACCAGGGAAGACGGGGCCGAGUUUUUUUUUAUUUCGAGUGGAUGAGGUUGGGGUUUUGUUCGUUUUUCUCCAUCUAAGGUUCGUGCCUAGAGUUCAGCUGUAGCGUUUCAACCAAAGUUUUGUUGACUUAGAGGCAACAUUCCUAGCUAUUGGGCAUCGAGUUUUUUUGGCUUGGCAUGACGGCCUUUACGAUCGACGUUUUAUGUAUGUCUGCAUUUAUCUGCAAUUGUCGGAGGGCAAACAAAAUAAUAAUAA